GAUUAAAGCAUGAAUGGGAGCAGCUUCCCAGCCACGAUGGAGAGAGAAGGCGGUUCAGGCUGUGAGAAUAAGGUUUCCUUCCAAGUGAGUCCCUGAGGUUCCGGCUGGCAGCUCCAGCAGCGUCCUGUAGAAGUGCCCUGCUGCUCCUGGUCCCAGUAGCUGAGGCCCCUCCAAACCUGCUUCUGCAAUGGGUGGGUUGUAAGCACUGGUAAUGAGGAGCUGUGGGUCCAGUCAGUCUUGGAGAUGCCGAAGAGACGAGACAUCCUGGCUAUCGUGCUGAUAGUUCUGCCCUGGACACUACUAAUCACCGUCUGGCACCAGAGCACCAUUGCUCCACUGCUUGCAGUGCACAAGGAUGAUGGUGGUGACUCCCGGCGUGAUCUCACUGCAGGCUUGGACUCCAAGGAAUACUGCUUGUCGGACCGGGACAUUGUGGAGGUGGUGAGGACAGAAUAUGUUUAUACCCGCCCACCCCCGUGGUCAGACACCCUUCCCACCAUCCACGUCAUUACACCCACCUACAGCCGGCCCGUACAGAAGGCAGAGCUGACGCGCCUGGCCAACACCCUCCUGCACGUGCCAAACCUGCACUGGAUCCUGGUGGAGGACUCGCAGCGGCGCACGCCGCUCAUCACCCGGCUGCUGAGGGACACGGGGCUUAACUACACCCACCUCAACGUGGAGACACCCCGCAACUACAAGCUGCGGGGAGACAUGAGGGAUCCCCGCAUUCCCCGGGGGACCAUGCAGAGGAACCUUGCCCUGAGAUGGCUGAGAGAGACCUUUAACAAAAAUAACAGCCAGCCUGGGAUUGUUUACUUUGCUGAUGAUGAUAACACCUACAGCCUGGAGCUCUUUGAGGAGAUGCGCAGCACCAGAAAGGUGUCAGUGUGGCCAGUAGCCUUCGUCGGUGGCUUGCGCUACGAGUCGCCCAAAGUGAACGCUGCAGGGAAGGUCUAUGGCUGGAAAACUGUGUUCGACCCCCAUCGGCCCUUUGCUAUAGACAUGGCGGGGUUUGCUGUGAACCUCAGACUGAUUCUCCAGCGAUCUCAGGCUUACUUCAAACUGCGAGGAGUGAAGGGAGGCUACCAAGAGAGCAGCCUGCUCCGGGAACUAGUGACCUUGAAUGACCUUGAGCCGAAAGCUGCCAAUUGCACUAAGAUUUUAGUCUGGCAUACGAGGACAGAAAAGCCUGUGCUGGUGAAUGAGGGGAAGAAAGGAUUCACAGAUCCCAACGUGGAAAUCUGACUGUGCAUGGCUGAACAGAGACCAACACGAGAAGAUUUCUUCACGCGCAGCCUGCAAGGCUCCUCUCCACAGCGUACAACCAGCCAGACAUGCAGUAGCCAGGACCUCUGCUGACUUCCAAGAGUUUUAGCGGACUGAAAACAAGCAACACUGCAUACAUAAACUACCCGGAUUCCCCUGCCCUUCCUCCUGGACUCUGAGCAGAAACAGAUGCUCUGGAGGUGGAGAAAAAGCACAGAAAAAUACAGGACUGACAUCAACUUCAGUACAAGACCGGCUGCCUCACGAGAUGCUCGGUUCGGGAGAAGUGCAUGCAGGGCGUGAUGCGCUGAAGACACGGGCCAGCUGGAAUGGUAGUCUAGACUGAGAGGGCUGUUUUACAGGACCUGAAAGCAAGGAUGAGAAUGCCCACAGGAGUGUGUUGGCCCCUGAUGACUUGUUUUUGCUGAGACACACGUACCUUGUGGCUAUGUGUACAACAGCCUAAGCAGCUCUCUGUUCAUGGAGGGGACAGCUGCCUUCUGAGAUGGCGCCUUAGCCCUUAAUUUUAAACCUACUUAAAUCAGUGUUUAUUACGCUGCACAAGACAGGAAGGUUUUGGGGGAGAGUGAGAAGCAAGGCAGGUUAGAACAAACCCAUUAAAUAUAUCUGUCCUCUUUGUAUUCCCUCUCCUUUCCCUUUGUUAGUUUUAUGGUUUGGAAGGCACUCUGACAUACCUCUGUGUUCCUGGAUGGAGUUAUGUUUACAGCAUGUGGUUCUCUAUUCAUCCACGCUACAAUAACUGGAAGUGGGUUUUAAUGAGAUUGUUGUGGCCAUAUACAGUGAUGCUUCAUCCAGGCUCGGAUCUUGGUUCUCUUUAGCUCUGAGAUGGUUCACGUGAGCAUUAGGUGUAGGAUUCUCUGAAGGGUGCUCCUACAUAAAGCCAAAUUUCCACUC